UCUGUCGUAGUGGGAAAGGAUGGCUACGGCCCGUAAGCCCUUCGUCCUUCUCCAACAGCUCAUCAAAACCUAUCCGAUCUUCGACCCUUCCACCUCUGCCCUCGUCCUCCGCCACCUCGUCGACUACCAAGACCCAUCCCACGAUCCUCGCCCGGCCGCACUCUACCUCCACCACAUGCUCCGCCGCGGCCUCACCCCUCAUCCCGCCACCUUCAACCGCCUCCUCCGCCGCCUCCUCCUCGAUGCGGACCUCCUCCACACGGCCUCCUCACUCUUUCGCGAAGCUAGGACCCGGAUGCCUCUCGACGAACACAGCUUCGCCGUCAUGAUCCGCGGCCUCUGCGACGCCGGGCUCUUCGACGAAGCUUCCAUUUUGCUAGACGAGUUCGAGGCAGGCGCCGAGGCUUCCAGUGUGGUCAUCUAUACCAGCUUGAUCGACGGGUGCUGUAAAAGAGGCAGCUUUGAUGCCGCGAAGCGAUUGUUCGACCGGAUGAAAGGCCGGGGCGUCUCCCCCAACGAGUUCACUUACACCGUCAUGAUCAACGGCUGCUUCAGGAACGGAUUCCCUACUUCUGGUUUCGAGAUGUACGACGAGAUGAAGCAGAGCGGAGUCUGCCCCAAUCUCUACACUUACAACGUUUUGAUAUCGGAGUGCUGCAGGGGGCAAGACUUCUGCUCGGCGUUCCAACUGUUCGAUGAAAUGUCUCAGAAGGGAAUUCUGCCAAACAUUGUGACGUAUAACACCUUGAUUGGUGGGUUUUGCAAGCAAAGCAAGGUAAAGGAUGCUGGAAACUUGUUCAUUAAAUUGAAAGCCGAUGGAUUGCGACCGAGUUUGGUUACUUAUAACCUUCUCAUAGAUGGUUACUUUAAAGCAGGGCAGUGUUCGAAAGCUACAAGUUUAAUGAAUCAGAUGAAGAAAACUGGUUGCUCGCCGAGUGGCGUAACUUACAAUGUGCUCAUCAAUGGAUUUUCUCGAGCAGGCGACCUGAUUGGAGUAGCAAAUGCUUACGAGGACAUGAAGCUUAGGGGAUUAGCUCCGACGCUUGUCACUUACAACAUCCUCAUUGAUGCUUUUGCUAGAGCAAAUGAUACAGAGAGGGCCUUUCAGAUGUAUGAAUCAAUGGAGAGAGCAGGCUUGAAAGCAGAUGCCUACACAUAUGCUGUUCUAAUACAUGGUUUGUGCAUGCAAGCCAAUAUGAAGGAUGCUCGGAAAUUGUUUGAUUCGAUGAAUGACAAAGGGUUAAGACCAACCGAUGCAACUUAUGACAUGAUGGUAUAUGGGUACGGCAGAGAAGGCAGUUCCUACAAGGCUCUAAGGUUGAUCAGUGACAUGAUAUCAAAGGGAAUGACUCCCAAUAUUGCGAGCUAUGGUUUAGCAAUUCGAAUUCUUUGCAAGGAUAGAAAGUGGCACGAGGCAGAGAUUUUGCUAAGUAAAAUGGUAACUUCUGGUUUGCAACCAAAUGAUUUUGUACAUGAAGCAUUGUCUUGUGGCAAACUAAGGUGCCAAUAGUCCUUUCAUAAGUUUCUCAGAAGAACUGAAACUUGUCCAAAUCAACCUUCUCCUCGAGCAGCAUUUGGAGGAGUUAAAUAUAUGCAUUGCGCCAUCAAUAGUGAUCACCCAGCAUGUUGAUUUGAGCCUAUGUUGCUGAGCUUGGAUUUGGUUCAAUGCAGAUUUUCAUCAAAUUAAGAGAUCUGACGCCUAUUGGUGCUGUCAAUGGGAAUAUCUUUUUUGUUCAUUCCUUAAACAAGAAGUCCAUGAUGGCUGCUCAUCUGAUGGCUGCAUUGAUCAUGAGGGGAUGAUAAUAUUAAUACCUAUGAUAUAUUGAGAGUGUACUGUAUCUGGAUUUACCAGUCUUGCAGAUUGGUAAAGGUGUUUCAGGAAAAAUAGUGUAGUGAAAUUAUAGAUUUUUGACUCAGAAAAUGCUGAAUUCAGUGAUUAAUUCUGUUAA